AUGAUUUAUAAAUUCGGUGGCAGUGAAAGGAAGAAGACGAAGACUGGUGACAGAAAAAGUGAGAAGAUGAAGACUAAUUCUCCUCCUUUCAUACACGAGGAGUUGAUGGAAGAAAUUCUGUUGAAGCUACUCACGAAAUCUGUGUUGCGUUUCAAAUGCUUAUCCAAGAAAUGGUUCUCUCGAAUCUCUGAUCCCCAAUUUGCAAGAAGACAUUUUGAUGCUGCAGUUGCACCCACCUACAAGCUUUUAAAUCUAGUUAAGGGUUCCGAUGAAGCUUAUUGUGUAGACAUAGAAUCAGCGCUUUGUGCAGAUUCCUGGCAUGCAGUGUCCAAUUUCAGUGUUCCUUCAAGUUUAUCCGUGGCAGGUUCUUGUAGAGGAUUUCUUCUCUUACAAAUUUAUUUCCAGAAUUUUGUGGUGUGGAAUCCGUCUACGGGUAUUCAGAAACAAAUCCUCCGAAACACUUGUGUUCAAUAUGAUCUAUGUGGAAUGGGUUAUGACCCAGUGGAUGAUGACAUUGUGGUGGUGACCGUAACCCUAAAGGGUGGGAGACAUGGACAGUUCUGGAAUGGGGCUCUCUACUGGAUUGUUGCUUCUGCAAAUAGGCUUAGAAGUGUCGUUAUUGCAUUUGAUGUGAGGGAAAAAAGAUUAUUGGAGAUUCUAUUACCAGAUCAUUUAGCCAUUAUUCAAAUGGAAUCUGACAUAUACCAUUUGAAGUGGCCAACAUUGUCUAGUAACGAAUAA